AUGCCGCGAGAUUUGCGCCGCGCACCACGCAAGACGGCUAUCACUAAUGUCCACGUAUUUGACGGCAAUGGCUUUGGCCCACUGUCUACAGUGGUCGUCUCCGGCAACGUCAUCUCGAAUGCCAAUUCCUUUGGAGCAGAUGUCGUGGACGGCGGCGGCGGUUAUUUGCUCCCGGGCUUCAUCGACACCCACUGCCAUGUCACAUCUUGUUCUUAUCUCGACACCAUGCUAAAGUAUGGCAUCACCACUGCCCUGGACAUGGGAACCUUCCCCUACUCGACGCUCGCGGUAUGUAAGAUGUCGGGUAAAACCGACGUUCGUGGAACUGGCGCAGCCGGUACCGUAGACGGCACUGCCCUCAGCAUGGCCCCAGGAUUUCCCCCAGAGUCUUUCAUCGACAGUCCCGAGCCUGCUCGCAAGUUCGUUGACGCCCGCGUCGCAGAGGGCGCGGACUACAUCAAACUCUUUCUCGAUCCCUUGGGUCCUGACCUGGAAUCCCUCAUCGCAGCCGUGGAAGCUGCGCAUCAGAAGGGGAAACUAGUCAUCUCGCACGCAACAAGCCAAGCGCUUUGGACCACCGCAGAGGAGGCUGGGGUUGAUAUUCCGUGCCACACUCCUCUGGAUAAGCCCAUAGACGCUACAUUUAUCGACCAAUAUCGGGACACACUGAGUCACGUCGUUCCAACUCUCAUCAUGAUGCAGUCUAUUGUCAACAAUACCGGAGCCCCGGCUCAGGCCUAUACCGUUGCGGCUGAAGGCAGCGUCACCAACCUGCACAAGGCCGGUGUCACCAUUCUGGCUGGCAGCGAUGCCAAUACUGCGCCAUUCGUGCCUGCAAAUCCGCCAUUCGGAGAUUCUCUACACGAUGAGCUGGAACUUUUGGUCAGGGCGGGCCUCUCUCCCGCAGACGCACUUAGGGGCGCCACAUCUCUUGCUGCAUCCUCCUUCGGUUUUCACGAUCGCGGACAAAUAAAAAUGGGCUAUCGGGCCGACCUAGUCCUUCUCGGCGCCGACCCCACCACCAAUAUUCAGAAUUUGAGGUCCAUUAAGAAGGUGUGGGCUGCCGGUGUGCAGUCAAACAUGUCGUGA